AUGGAGAGGGGGAAAAUGAGGGUAGCCAGAUUCACUAUCGUAUGUUUUUGCAUGCUGGCUCUAGCUCCAUCUUCAUCGAUGGCAUGGUCAUUCUCAUCCCUGUUUGAUGGCGAUGGCGACACGAAUUCAGGCUCAGACAACUCCACUGUCGACAAGUCGGGCGGCGCAGAUAUCAAGAUACAGCAACCUCUUUUGAAGGCCACCGACUGGUUUCUCACAGAGGAGGAGAUCACCGCUUCACGAGGAGGAUCCCCUCGCAGUGACAUGGCGACCUACAGUACAGGCAACGCCGUGACUACCUUUACGGUAACGAAGGAGUUUUUCGACUCGGUCUUUGAUGAUCUCACGACGACAAAAGAGAACGACCGCGUCAUGCUCGCUUCCUGGAAUACUGAUCUCAUCCCAUUCAAGCCCGACGUAGACCCAACUGGAGCCACGUCAAAUUUCGAUAUCGUCUUUGGCGGCGUCGUGAAACGUGGAGGCGACGUCAAGAUUCUGGGCUGGGCUAACAAGUUUCUUUUCUUCCAGGACGUUAAAGUGCGCAACAAGAUCAACAAACUCCCAAAGUCUGGAAUCAAUGACGGCAACGCGUUGUUCAUCUUCGAUGAUCGUCUCCCUUACGGCAUGUCCUCGCAGCACCAGAAGGCGCUUGUGAUCGCUUCCGGGAACUCUACAGGCAAAGACGACCACCCAGUGGCGUAUGUGGGCGGCAUCGACCUCUCAAACGAUCGCUGGGAUACCAUUCACCACAAUGCAACUGCGAUCCGUAAACAAUCUGCCGUUCAUUUCCGGCAGAAUGGCUGGGUCGACAGCAGCAUGCGCAUCCACGGACCAGCGGCGAAAGACGUGGCUAACAACUUCCUCGCCCGUUGGAACUCACCCUAUUUGCCGACGCAGAGUCUUGGUGACGACCUCGUCAACUUUGAGAACCCGCAAUAUUCCUACCUGCCACCACUCGACUAUGCGAGUAGCAACAGCACGUCGAAACUUGGCAACCAGAAUGUACAGAUCGUGCGAACUUUCAGCUGCAAGUACAAACACUGGGAAUUCGCUCCGAAUGGCGAAAACUCGCUCUUCCAUGCGCGUAUCAAGGCCAUCAAGAGCGCCAAGAAUUUCGUGUAUAUUGAAGACCAGUACUUCAUCCUCGUGCCGGAACUACUGGACGCGCUACUGGAAGUAUUACCGGGUCUUCAGCGGCUGAUGGUCGUUGUGCAGCCACCGGAAUUGAUAACCAAGAGUGCUGGCUACGAGAAAUACAUGUACCAAAAUGUUCAGGCCAUCAAGGAGAAGUUCCCAAACAAGUUUAAGAUUUACGCGAUGAAGCCAAAGCUGGACGUCUACGUCCACAGCAAAUUGGUAGUCGUCGAUGACGUGUAUUUAUCAGAUGGUUCGGCCAACUGGAAUCGGCGUAGUAUGACGUCGGAUCCCGAGCUGGAUGCCAACGUCGUCGAUAGUGAGACCACCAGUACCCCAGAUGGCAUCAAGGUGGGCAAGUUGAUUCGUGACUUCCGCGUGCGAAAGUUCCAGGAGAUGACAGGUCGUACCUACAAGAAGAUCAACGCGAUGAAGUUCCUCGACGCCGCAAACUUGUACGACACUGCAGCUGCAGAAGCAUCGUCUCUCAUCGAGAAGUUCGAUGUAGAUGAGGAGUGGUACUACAACUUAUACGGAGAUGCCAUUCACAAGAGGGUUGAUCCGCAAGACACUUGCGAUGGGAUUUCGUACAAAUCUUCAUAG